AUUUACAAAUAGUAUCACAAACAUUGAGAACCCAAGCCCUUGUGAAUUGACUAUGGCGAUUAUCCAAGUAGACAAAUUGCAAUAGCGCAUCUUUUCGGUGAAGACAGAACCAUGUGGUGCUCUGAUCUGGCCUGUUCCACACUUGUAGACCACAAGUUUCAAGGACGAAACAAAGAGGAGUCUCAAAAAAAAAAUCUCAAAGUUUACAAAAAAAGAAGAUGGCUUUGAUGAGAAGUCUACUGGGUGCAAAGAAGAUUCUUGGAGCCGUGACAAGCAAAAAGGCAACCUCGGCGGCACCAAAAGGGUUUCUUGCGGUGUAUGUAGGAGAGAGUCAGAAGAAGAGAUAUGUGGUGCCGAUCUCAUACUUGAGCCAACCUUCCUUUCAAGAUCUUCUCAGCAAAUCCGAAGAAGAGUUUGGAUUCGAUCAUCCAAUUGGUGGCUUAACCAUUCCUUGUCCGGAAGAUACUUUCAUCAACGUGACUUCUCGGUUGCAAUGAUUACUUGACUGUCAAGUUUUUGUUCUACGAGUUAGAAUUUAGAAAUAGACAUUCAUUGUAAAUAGUAGACAUCUUUAUCUCUAUUCUUGAAAGAGUUGUUCUAAAAGUUUAGAAAGUGAAUGUAAUUUUAUGCAAUAGACACUAUCAUGUGAAUACAUUUUGGAACGAUCAUGUCCAUACA